AUGCGUCUCUUAGCAUGUCUGGGCGUUGUGCUUAGCUUUUUGGAAGGAGUGAGUUGUUUAUGUCCUUCACAGUGCACCUGCGAUUAUCACGGCAGAAAUGAUGGCACGGGAUCAAGGACAGUGCUGUGUAAUGACCAAGAUAUGAAUGAGCUCCCCCUGGACUUCCCCGUGGACACUGCGAAGCUUCGCGUAGAGAAGACUGUCAUCCGCACGAUCCCCGCUGAGGCCUUCUACUACCUGGUGGAGCUCCAGUACCUCUGGGUGACUUACAAUUCUGUGUCUAGCCUUGAGGCCAGCAGCUUUUACAACCUGGGGCAGCUGCAUGAGUUGCGCUUGGAUGGGAAUUCUCUAGUUGCCUUCCCUUGGGCAUCUCUGCUGUAUAUGCCCCGUCUAAGGAUCCUGGAUUUGCACAACAACCAAAUAACCAGUGUGCCAAAUGGGGCAGCCAGGUACCUGAAGAACCUCACCUACUUGGAUUUAUCAAGCAACAGACUAACCACACUGCCACCAGAAUUCCUGGAGAGCUGGUCCCAUGUACUUACAACAUCGUCCGGAAGCCGGAAGCUUUCAGCAAGAAUUAUUCUUGGUCUGCAGGAUAACCCGUGGUUCUGUGACUGUCACAUUUCCAAAAUGAUUGAGAUAUCCAAAGUUGCUGAUCCUGCCAUAGUACUUCUUGAUCCACUGAUGGUCUGCAGUGAGCCCGAGCACCUGACAGGGAUUUUAUUUCAGCGGGCUGAGCUGGAUCAGUGUGUGAAGCCAUCGGUGAUGACCUCGGCCACCCGAAUCACGUCUACUCUGGGCAGUAAUGUCCUGCUGCGGUGUGAUGGCACUGGCUACCCCACCCCGCAACUCACAUGGACCAGAUCUGACCACUCGCCUGUUAAUUACACAGUAAUUCAGGAAUCUCCAGGGGAAGGAGUCAGAUGGUCGGUAAUAAGCUUCACAAACAUUUCUUACAAGGAUGCUGGGGAUUACAAGUGUAAGGCCAAAAAUUUGGCUGGGAUGUCAGAAGCCCUGGUUACCGUGACAGUGAUUGGUGUUGUCACGACCACCAUCGCAUCAGACAGCUCUGAAAGAAGAAAUGGAGAUCACCCUAGGCGAGAAGGCCAGCCAGGAUCUAGAAAGUCUAUAUCCACACCUGGUUCAUCGCCAUCUCCCUGGCCUUCUUCCUCCUCUUCUUCCUCUCCCGCUUCUUCUGCUUUUCUUUCUACUUCUACUUCAUCUCCUCCUUCUGCUGCUUCCUUCUCCUUAUACCCAUUCUCCUCCUCCAUGGUUUCUCCAAUCACAGCUCUAAGCACUAAAAUUUCAACAAGCACCACCCUGGCCAGCCAGCAGUCCCUCCAGCUGCCUCCAGAUGGGGAAAGAAAUGUAAAGGUGGAGAUGGAUGGAAGUCAGCGUCCCCCAGCUAGUGCAAGUAGACAAGAAGAGCUGGCGUCAUUGGGUCGAACAAGUCCUAGGGAGACGAAUACCACGAUAGAAAACCUCAGGGCAGUCAGUGAGACCAAGGAGAGUGUGACCUUGAUGUGGAACACCAUCAACACCGUGCAUAACUCAGAGGUGACUGUGCUGUAUUCCAAGCACGGGGAGCAAAACCUGCUGCUGCUGGAUGCAGACUUCAGCAAGAACCAAGUAACCAUUGGCGGCCUGGAGCCUGGGAGGCAGUACAUAGCAUGCGUCUGUCCAAAAGGGGCACCUCCCCAGAAAGACCAAUGUAUCACCUUUUCUACCGACAGUGCUGAAGAAGGUCAUUCGCAAGAGCCCUUCCUUAUGGCGGUGAGCGGCGCCGCCUGCAUUGUUGUCUUGCCGUUGAUUGUUUUCCUGUUGUAUAAAGUUUGCAAACUGCAAUGUAAGUCAGAGUCCUUCUGGGAAGAAGAUUUGGAAAGAGAGACUUAUAUCCAGUUUGAAACCCUGUCCCCAAGGUCUCAAAGUAGAGGGGAACUCUGGACACGAAGGCACAGAGAUGAUCCUGAAAAACUGCUGCUUUGUUCUGGGUCAAGUGUGGAAUCUCGGAUGACUUUUAAAAGUGAAGAGAUCUAG